AUGGGAAACGACCCUAAACCUUCAGCUUAUACAUGCAACAUUGCAUGCGACAUUGCUGGAGGAAAUUCAGAAGGCAAACCCUUUGAUAUUGCAGACAGAUUAUUAUUUCCUGAUCCCUCCAUGUCUGUUUCUACAGAAGACCUGAGAUGUUUAGAUAAGGAGAUUGAGGAAAUAGAGGAGUUAUCACCAAGAGGAGUUCUAGAGGAUGAUGGAGAGUCUGAAACAGCAUCUUCCAAGACCAGCACUUCAGAACCAGAAACUCCAAUAAAUCUGAAAUCUGAUUCUCAAUGGCAUGGGUUCAUUCGUAAGCUGAAAAAAGCACCAGCAAAGAGUUUGCAUCCUUUCCAUCCUAGCAUGCCGUCGCUACCUACCAUCAAGAAGCUUGCAAGAAAGAAAAGCACGAAUUCAACACACAGCAUGCCAGCACUGCCUCCCAAUUUAGAUGCUGAAAUGUAUUUUUUCGAGUCCUCCUGGAAGAAUUUCUCUCUCUCAGAGAUCGAAAGAGCAACGAACAAUUUUAGCCCUGGUAUGCAAAUUCCAAGUUUACAUUUUUUAAGUUUUUGCACUUGCAUUCAAUUACACUUGGCAACUACCGUAACCAAUAUGGCUUUUGAAUGGCAAACUUGA